AUGGCCCGCAGAGUCCUCCUCGCCGUGCUCGUGUCCGCACUGGUGUCCGCUGUGUCCGCGGGACUGUUCUACAGCCAGAAGCAGCCCUGCUACGUGCGCGCUCCCAGGAAUCAAUACUUCGGACUCAAGACCUAUCCUCGACCUCAUGAGUAUUUAAAGAUAUCCGAUCUGCCCAAGGCGUUGGACUGGAGGAAUAUCAGCGGCGUAAACUAUGCCAGCACGACCCGCAACCAGCACAUUCCCCAGUACUGUGGCUCCUGCUGGGCUCAUGGCAGCACCAGUGCCAUGGCAGAUCGCAUCAACAUUAAGCGGAAAGCAGCGUGGCCGUCUGCCUACCUCUCUGUCCAGAAUGUGAUCGACUGCGCUCAGGCCGGCUCUUGCCAAGGAGGCGAUCACACCGGAGUUUGGAAGUACGCCAGUGAACACGGGAUCCCAGACGAGACCUGCAAUAAUUACCAGGCUAAAGACCAGAAAUGUAAGCUCUUCAAUCAAUGUGGCACGUGCACCACAUUCAAUGUGUGCAACAUAGUGCAGAACUACACUCUGUGGAAAGUGGGAGAUUAUGGAAAUGUCACCGGGAGAGAGAAGAUGAUGGCAGAGAUCUCCACUGGAGGACCAAUCAGCUGUGGGAUUAUGGCGACACCGAAGCUGGACGCAUACACCGGAGGGAUCUACUUUGAAUACCAGGAGUCUCCUGGCAUCAACCACAUCGUGUCGGUGGCAGGAUGGGGAGUGGAGCACGGUGUCGAAUUUUGGAUUGUGCGCAACUCCUGGGGAGAGCCGUGGGGGGAGAAGGGCUGGCUCAGGAUCGUGACCAGUGCCUACAAGGGAGGAAGUGGCAGCACCUACAACCUGGCGUUGGAGGAAGACUGCAUGUACGGGGACCCCACUAUCGCGAAAGGCGCCCUCUAG